AUGGUCUCCAAUGAUCCCAUGUGGUGGCCGUCCAUCAAUGUACAUCGUUUUGCCAGCUAUUUUUCAGUUGCCGCCUUCGUUGUAAUAACAUAUGAUUGUGCACUAACAUUCGGACAAGAGGUCGAAUUAGUCUGGAGACAACGGUGGUCGCUCGUGACAGUGUUGUAUCUCAGUGUGCGCUACCUUGGAAUCCUAUUUAUUGCUCUGUCCGUGGUCGGUUGGAUGAUGGUCACUAUAUGGGUUUGGACGGUUGCUGUGUUAUUUGCUCUGCUGUGGGUCAUCAUAAUCACUCGGUUGCAUGCCAUGUAUCAACGAAACCGAAAAAUCCUGAUAUUUCUUGUUGUCGCCUCCCUGGCGAUCAACAUUUUUGCUGGAGCGACAGCCGCAAUGUCAACGAUCCAUAGUUCAGGAGAGGAACUUGUUCUCUCUGGCACCUAUAUGUGCGGGAUUAGCUAUACAGGUGAUGCCCUAAUUAUGGAUUCUGCUACUUGGAUACUCUACAUUGUGUGGGAGGUCCUCGCACUAUGUCUCGCAGUCAGGAUUACGGUAAAACACUUCCGUGAACUGCGACAACACUCGGCAGGAGGGAUUAUCGGGGACUGUUUUACGGUGUUGAUGAAAACUCAUGUGGUUUACUUCGCGAGCGUUGUCGCUGUUUCGUGUUUCGCCUUCAUCCUUGAUUGCUAUCUAACAUCAUCAACAAACCGACAUCUCCUAGAAGAUCGGACUUUUUAUGCCUUGUUUCAGAUUUUGGAGGUCGUGAUGUUCGUGCUAGGACCACGGCUGAUCCUUGGCAUUCGAGAAUAUCAUGCUGAACUCGUGGUCGACUCUGACGCAGCAACCGGCAUGACUUCAAUCGCUUUCCAGGAGCAUGUGCAUAUAUCGACUGGCAGUAGUGUGUAA